AUGAACAGUGUCUUUUCACUCCUCGCCAAGCAGCCGCCGAAGACGUUCAAAGUCAGCUACGCGCCACAGUACAAGAACUUUAUCAUAAAUCACGUCGCGAUCGACCCCUCGCAUCCCCUCCACGAGACGCAGCGCCGCAGACAAGCCGAGAAGAAGAAAGAGGGACUAUGGUGGCAUGCGACAACAGGUGUUGACUUGAACAAGUCUAGCUGUGUAAGAGCAUGGGCUAGACGGCGACUGCGCAGGGCUGUAGUAGACGAGCUGAAAGCUCGCGGAUACGACGAGAAUGGCAAGUACGUCAAUCUCAACAAGCUGCAGACGCAGACGCAGACAGACUUGAUGGCCGGGGUAGCUGCGGGAAAGACACUAGAUCUGAAGGGAAGCCUGAGGCUGCAUGUACAAGCUCCUUUGCUUCCUGCCAAGUACGUAGAUGUACGCGCAGAGGCUGGGGCUGUCAUUGAUGCCGUGAGAUACGGCAUACCAAAGGACGCGUCAGUGGAUUAUGCCUCAGCGAAGCCAACCAGAGGUCGCUCAUCGUCUAGCCUACCUGCUGCUGCGCAACCGUCUCCGUUUCGAGUGACGAAACACACGGUGAAGUCACGCACAAGGUGA